UUGAAUUCGCAGCGGGCUGUGUAAACCGUGUGCUACGUGAUCGGAAACUGGUGACGUAUUGACUUUGUAAUGGUUGACGAAGCUACAAAGAAAACUCUUGCUGCGAUUCCACUUCUCAAAACAAGAGCUGGUCCUCUAGAUGGAGACAUGUGGAUACAAAGGCUGAAGGAGGAGUAUCAAGCCCUAAUAAAAUACGUGGAAAAUAACAAAGCGGCAGACAACGAUUGGUUUCGUAUUGAAUCAAAUCAACUUGGGACUCGUUGGUAUGGAAAAUGUUGGUAUAUACAAGAUAUGAAGAAGUAUGAGUUCGAUUUGAACUUCGAUAUACCUGUUUCAUAUCCCAGUACUAACCCAGAACUUGCAUUGCCUGAGCUUGAUGGAAAAACAGCGAAAAUGUAUAGGGGCGGAAAAAUAUGCCUUACGGACCAUUUCAAACCCCUAUGGAGUAGGAACGUCCCUAGAUUCGGGAUCGCACAUGCAAUAGCACUUGGUUUGGGUCCUUGGUUGGCCGUAGAAAUUCCUGAUUUGAUAUCAAAAGGAAUUGUUAAACACAGAGAUGAUCAGUAAUAUAUGUAUUUUCAUACUUAAUUUGAUGUACUGAUAUUGUUUUUUUAAUUGUGGCACAAAUUGGCUUUUGUAAUAAUUUAUAUGAACUCAGUUUUAGAGAUUGAUAGCUCAUAAUUCACCUCUAGCUUUCAAAAGAUUGCCUACAUCAACA